CGCCCCCGCGCCCCCGGGCCCCUUCCUGCAAAGGACGGGCCGCAACUCGUUCACCGUGCACCCCCGCGGCCGCCCCGACGCCCCCGACCCGCCCGUCACCCUCAUCGACGAGGCGGACCCCGCGCCCCCCGCCUACCGCCCGCACCCCCCGGACCCGCCCCGGGACGCCGCCGCCGCCGCCCUCCGCAUCCUGGUGGUCGGGGGCUACCUGGCCCCCGCCAAGUCCUGCCUCGCCAAGACCAGGCCCGCCGGCACCAAGAUGAAGAUUUCGUUCAACGAGAAGAGCCUGGAGACCACGUUCGAAUACCCCUCCGAGAACUCGCUGGGUCAAGAUGCCAACGGGCAGGCAUCCGGCUCCGACGAGGAAGACGAAGAGGAGGAGAAGAGCUUGACUCUGAUCCUCCCUCGGGCGACUUUCGCAAACAGCUCUGGGUCGGACGGCGCUUCCCACCCCCCCGAAUUAAACUCAGGUUUGUCCAGUUACACCCCCAAGCACUCAGGGAAGUUCGACAAGUGGCGAGUGCGGACGUUUGAGGAGAGUCUCGUGGAGACGAGGGAGGAAUCCUCCGCGGAGCCCCCCGGGAGGGAAGUGAUGCUCACCCCAGCCAGCCCGAAUGACCUCUCGGACUUCCGCAGCGAGCCCGCCCUCUACUUCUGACGGCCGGGGGGGAAACGCGGCGGGCGAGACGCCCGCCCACCAGCCGGAGGCCCCGCCGGGCCCGCUCUGCACACCCCACCCACCCCUCCUCAGAGCCUGACCAUCGCCUGUCGGGAGAGGGGGAAGGGGCGGGCCGGCGCUCAUCCGUCUAGACGUCGGGCCGCCGGGGCCGUGCCUUCGGCCCGGGGGGGGGCCGAAGUCAUCCCGGACGGGCCUUUCCCCACGUCCUUCGCCGUCACCUAGACGUUCACCCGAAACGGUUCCCGUCAGGGGGAGCCAGCCGAGUUUCCUCUCCGGCUCCAGGCCUGCCGUGCCUUCGUUCCCGGAGUCCCGGCUGACCGCGGGCCCCGGGGGGCCGGAGCGGGGACCCGUCCGGAGGCCGAGACCGGACCUCCGGCCUCCUCACGGCGGUCCAGGCGGGAAGCCCUGCUCGGUUUGGCCGGGGUCGGAGGGCGCCGCCACGGAGAGCUGCCCUCUUCCUUCCCCUACCGUGGAGAUGCCAGCCCGGGGCGGGGGGAGGCCCGCCCCGUUCCCGCUCCCCGGGGCUGCGGACGGAGAACCCCCCCCCCCCCCCCCGUUUUUCCCGGCUUCCGUGUCAAACGGCCCUCUCUGGGGACGGACGUCCCCGGCCACCUCCGUGCUCCGCAGCUGACCCGAACCUCUCUCCCUCCUCGGCUCCCGGCCCGGACCCCCCACCCGGCCCCAGGCGGGGGUCCCCCGAGACGUCGGCCGGGGGCCCGCGAGCCCCGAGGGGGCCGCUGGUCUCCGCCUGCCGGGCCCGCCGCAGGCCUCCGGCUCUGCCUCGCUGCCGGGACCCGCUCCGGGGCCCCGGCUCUGGAUCCGGGAAUGAUUGGGAAAGAAAAAGGGGAUCGGGAGGGAGGGGGUCGGCCCCACGAAUCGGUGACGCUGCGGGGGCUGUGAUCAGCACUGUUGAUUUUUGUAAUUCUUUUCCAAAUGCUCUUUUCACCGUCUGUCAACGGGACCUAAUAAAUGGCACAAGACAAAUUCCGGCACUGGA